GUUCAUAGCUGCCUUUAUAUCCCGUUGUGGGAGCACGCCCAUCCAACCGUCUUUGCAUUUGUUCCGAUAUUGUUUUCGCUGGAGGUGCUCUACCUCUGAUCUAGGCGAUGGAACUAUUCUGUCGCUCCACCAAGCACACGCCCAUAAGUUGUUCGGUCCACACCCCGACAACAACAAGAGGUGGCUGAGUAAAUGGGUUUGGGCGUCCGCUCCUAUCGCAUCUCCCGUCACGUUCAUCUGAGGCAGUUGGAUGCGCAGGUAUGAAGCUGUCGACAUUACCCCCGACCUCCAGAGAGAGAUUGAUGUUUUGUUUCAGGGGGGCCCUUUCUCGAUCACUUCAUAUUUGGAUAUGACAGGCAGGAGAGGCGCCCUUGCCGCUCUAGCUAUAGCGCAGGAAGUUCACCCUCAGCCCUGCUUAUCUGGUGCCGGUCCGUCCAAUGCCGGGGAGAGGCGCGGGGCCUCACCGUCCAAUGUCGUAGAAAAGCGUGCAACUUCCCCGCCUCGUGCUGAGAAACUUGCCAAGAAGAACAAAGAUGCAGUAGGCCGCAGAAGCGAACUCGUUGCUUUGGCCACAAUGAAAGAUGCUAAAUCUUGCCCUCCG